CGUGACUAGGUUAUUAUCGGUAAGAUACUACGGCUAGAGCUUAGACUCCUUAGAGGUACAUACAUGUAGUUAAAAGGUACAAAGUAGAUAAUGUACCUGACUGGUUUAGUCCAAGUCAUAGCGUGCCUGCAUUUUUUAAACAGCCAUGCAGGGGUUAGUACAAUUAAGAGGGUUCUCUGAUAAUCAAAUAAUCAAAUAAUCAAAUAAUCUCAAUCAACAAAAUUUAGUGGAUUCCCUGCGAUAUAUCCACUUCUUCGCACUUACUCUUGCUUGCUUCUCUUCGCCUUCUUUUAUCCUCUUCACCCUCCCUUCACGUCAACUUCCUCUCCAUCUUGAAGGGUCGUCCUCCUUCUCUUAUCUCCUAAUAUCCUCUACCACCUAACUCUCUCUUAGAGGUGGUUUUUGAGGCUUCUUACACAAUAUUCUUUAUCCUACAAACAAAUAUCUGCAAAUCAGUAAUAGUUUGCGACGCGAACCCUUGAUCAGCUGGCUUGUCUCCUUUUUAAGACCAAGUCAAGUCGACUCGACGAGUAACUGCGGUCAUCAUGGCUGCAAACGCCACGAGUUUUACCUCGCCCCUGGCGGACUUCAAGCUCGCGGCUGGUAACCUGCCUCCUCAGGUUGACCAAGUGUUCGAGACCAUCGCCAAUGCUACUUUCAUGACAUGGGUGUGGACUAUCGUCGCCUUAGCCAUCGCAUAUGACCAAAUCAGCUAUUUUAUGCACAAGGGUAAUAUCGUCGGCCCGUGGUUCAAACUCCCCUUUAUGGGACCCUUCCUAGAGUCAAUGAACCCCAAGUUUGAAGGGUAUUUGCAGAAGUGGCAGAGUGGACCUUUGAGCUGCGUUUCGAUCUUUCACAAAUUUGUUGUCAUUGCUUCCACUCGCGACCUGGCCCGAAAAGUCUUCAACUCCCCAACAUAUGUCAAGCCAUGUGUUGUUGACAUCGCUACUAAAAUUCUCGGAGAGGAUAGCUGGGUGUUCCUGGAUGGAAAGGCCCACGUUGACUACCGCAAGGGUCUAAAUGGCCUCUUCACCCGUAAGGCCCUCGAGUGCUACUUGCCUGGACAGGAGGCUGUCUACAAGACGUAUUUCGCUAGGUUCCUCAGCAUCACCAAGGAGGCCGAAGGCAAGCCUCUCCCUUUUAUGCACGAAUUCCGCGAGCUCAUGUGCACCGUCUCCCUUCGAACCUUCGCUGGGUACUAUAUGCCGGAUUCCGCAUUGAAAAAGAUUGCCGAUGACUAUUACUUGGUAACUGCUGCUCUUGAUCUUGUCAACUUCCCCGUCAUCAUUCCCUACACCAGAACCUGGUACGGCAAGAAGGCCGCGGAAAUGGUAAUGGAUGAGCUUGCCAAGUGCGCUGCCAAGUCCAAGGUUCGUAUGGCGGCUGGCGGUGAGAUCACUUGCAUCAUGGACGCCUGGAUUAAGGACAUGAUCGCCUCGAAGAAGUGGAGGGAAGCAACCGAAAAGGGCCUUUCCACUGAAGACCUUGUGAAGCCAUCUCCUCUGUUGCGCGACUUUAGCGAUAUGGAGAUCUCGCGAACCCUCUUUACGUUCCUCUUCGCCUCGCAGGAUGCUACGUCGAGCGCUGCCACCAAUUUGUUCCAGAUUUUGGCCAACCGACCCGACGUUCUAGACAGAGUCCGAGAGGAGAACUACCGUGUGCGCAACGGCGAUAUCUAUGCACCCGUGAACCUGGAUCAGCUCGAGUCGAUGACCUAUACCCGUGCAGUUGUCAGAGAGCUUCUGCGAUGGCGCCCACCAGUUAUCAUGGUCCCUUACAAGACCAAGAAAGCCUUCCCCGUCACUCCCACCUAUACUGUCCCCAAGGGUGCCAUGGUCAUCCCGACUACGUAUAUGGCGCUGCGCGACCCUGAAGUCUAUGAGAACCCCGACGAGUUUGACCCUGAACGAUACUACACUGGCGACGCGGAAGAGAAGGGUGCCAAGAACUAUCUUGUAUUUGGCACUGGACCUCACUACUGCCUUGGUCAGCAGUAUGCUCAGCUCAACUUGGCGCUCAUGAUCGGAAAGGCUUCGAUUCAGCUCGACUGGGAGCAUCACGCCACUCCUGAGUCGGACGAAAUCAAGGUCUUUGCUACCAUAUUCCCUAAGGACGACUGCCCCCUAACGUUUAAAGAGAGAAAGUGGUAAAAAAUGAAGCCAGACGUAGGCUUGAGGUUACGAAAGACAUGAAUCGUAGAAUAACAAUAUUAAUAGUAAUGAUGGUCUUGCAUAUGGGUUAUUGCUGAGGAUAUGUCGACGCCACCGACAACAAGGAUAUCCAUAGUAACAGCUGAAUCAGACCGAAGUUUUUUGAAGAAUGAGUGAAGACUACCGUUGCCUAAACCAAGGUACCUUAUGGGUGGUAUGGGCGGGUAUUGGUGGAGAGUCUCACGAUGUCAGAUAUGGUCGAUGUUGAAAUAGAUGUAAUAUAAACGGCGACUAUAUGUACCGAAUGAUAUCGCUAAGACGAUGAUAACAUUAAGGGUUUUUGAAGAAAAAAUGUGUAAUGAUAUUGAAAGGGAAAGAGUUGAAUUUUCGAAGUUGAGAUGUAAGGCUCAGAAGUUAUGUAGGAAGUGAGAAUUACCUACUACUAAGGUUAGUAUGCUUGGUACAUAUAGGCAACCAUCAAUGAUGGAUGUUAGUCGUAUGGAUGUAUUGAUG